ACGGUGCGCGGUUUGGACGAAUCUCGAAUUUAGUAGUGAAAUCAGUGGCAAUUAUCUAGGUUAAAGUGUUGUGCAUUAGUGAAUUGGGAAGUGAUGUUGCAGUGAUCUCUGAUCUUCUUCCACAAGGAUAACUGUGGGAACAGCCGAGAGCAAGAAUUUAGAAUUUUUGAUACCUUAUCAGCCCCAUGAGUGACAUAAUUUUCGCUAGAGCAUAGAGCAAAACCAGUUGAACAUAGAAGUGAAUGAACACGGGGAAGCAACAAUUUAGCUAUGCGUGAACCUCCAGCGAAAUUAUUGUUAUCAGCUCAAAUGGACUUCCACUACACAUAAAUAGAAGCCAAAUUUCGUAACGCUUUCUUCCGUGUUCGGAACCGGUUAAAAUACGAAAGCUUAUCAACCGCCGAGUGUGAUUAGUGCAACUUUCUACUUCCAGGAUCACUGCCAACAGCUGCAGUUCUGAUUCAUUAUUCGUGGUGAAGAACCUAGAAACGAUGUACUAAGUGUCACCAGGGAUCAGAUAAGAACGUCUUUCGCGUCCGCUUCGAUCAGAAAAGUGAUGAAGUUUCGACUUAGUGCGACGGUUCUACCGUUGCUGCUGAUAGCUGUGAUACUAGUCGAUCAGAUAAAGUGUGAAGAUGAAGCGCCGGAUGUGGUUCGAAGGCCGGUAAAGAAAAAGGGUAAGAAAAGUAGCAAAGUAAAAACGAAAUCCGCACCGAAACCUGCCAAAACGAAGGAACGACCGCAAGCCGAUGCGCCGCCAGCUUAUUCCGAGUACGACGAUUACGAUCCCUACGAUUACGGUGAAAACGAACGGGACUAUGAUCAGGACAAUGGCAAACGAACCACUGAAGCAAGUUUUCGCCAGCCAGAUGAUGAAAUUCCCCGCGGAGAAGUACCAUCCCCACAUAUUUCCGUCAGCGUAAGGCCGCCGGAGCCAGAAUCGAUCGUUCAGCCAUUCACGUGCUUCUUCAAAGAAAAAUGGUAUCGCGAGAAGGAACAGUUUCAAUCGGGCUACAACGAUUGCGCAACCUGCCAGUGUCGAAAUAGUCAAGUUAUUUGCGAUGAAGCUGACUGUCCAAAGAUUACGACGAACGUAACCGUGGAAAUUAUUCCACCAUCAACAACUACUACGGCGGCACCUGAAUACGAGGCAUCACAUGUGAUCCACCGGCCACCACCAGGUCCAAGCGGGCAACCUGGAAGCCCCGGUGAAGCAGGUGCACCUGGUGUUCCUGGUACACCUGGUGUACCCGGUCUCCCAGGCCCUCCGGGUCCAGCACCAGAUCUAACAUUCUACACCCAGCAGCUGCAAGAUUCAAUGGCUGGUUCAGACAAGGGACCUUCCCCUGAUAACUUCCAGUUCAUGCAAGCUCAGGUUGGACCUGUUGGACCACGCGGACCUCCUGGCCCUCCUGGUGUCUCCGGACCGCAAGGCUUUCAGGGAACGAGAGGUGAACCCGGUGAACCUGGCCCACCAGGUAUCUCCGGUCUUCCGGGCGUUCGAGGACUUCCUGGUCCACCUGGUAAGGAUGGGGCCCCUGGAGAUGAUGGAGAUGCAGGCCCUCAAGGAUUGGUAGGACAGCCCGGUCCUCGAGGACUGCCAGGAUUACCUGGAGUACCGGGAAUUAAAGGGCACCAAGGUUUUCCUGGACUGGAUGGUCCCAAAGGAGAGCAAGGUGCUUCAGGUGAAAAAGGAUCUGUGGGUGGUGCUGGUCCUAUUGGUGCUCCCGGACCAAUAGGAUCUGCAGGACCAAGAGGCGAACGUGGCCGUGAAGGACCACCUGGACCACCUGGCUUGCGAGGCAUCGACGGCAUUGCUGGUCCACCCGGUCAACCGGGACCUGUAGGAAAACCUGGUCCUCCUGGUUUUCCUGGUACACCGGGUAAUAAGGGCGAUUUGGGUGCACAGGGUCCCAAAGGCAGUCAAGGCCCCCAAGGACCUCGUGGUGAGUCAGGAAGGCCAGGGCAACCAGGAGAACCGGGAUUGAACGGUCCACCUGGAAAAGAUGGAGCGUCAGGCGAGAAAGGAUCAGUGGGUCAACCAGGAAUAGCUGGUCCACCGGGAUUCCCGGGACCGAGAGGAUCUCCCGGUGCCAAUGGCAGCCCUGGGGAGACAGGCGUGAAAGGAGAACCUGGUCUCCCAGGAGAAAGGGGAUACAAAGGAGAAGCCGGCAUAAAAGGUGAAGCUGGAGUACCAGGACCGCGAGGUCUCCCCGGAGCAAUAGGGCCAGAAGGAAAGCGUGGUAAACGAGGAAUGAAGGGUCCUACGGGCUUAUCUGGUCCACAGGGCGAACGAGGUUUACCAGGUGUACCUGGUUUACCUGGUCCCGACGGCGCACAGGGCAUUAAAGGUCAAAGUGGAGACCGAGGGGCAAUGGGUCCACAAGGCAACAAAGGCUCAAGUGGAGAUCCUGGUGCUCCAGGUCCACCAGGAAUACAAGGUCUUCGUGGUGUGCCGGGAAGACCAGGUUCUCAAGGCAAAGCCGGUGCUCCUGGAGAGAGAGGUUUACCAGGAUCUGAUGGAAAGGUUGGUGAACCGGGGCAUCAAGGUUUGCAAGGUCUUCCAGGCCCAAUUGGUUUACCAGGAGAUAAAGGCUUCACGGGAGAACCGGGCAAAGAUGGCGAUAUUGGACCCCCAGGAACUCCAGGACCACGUGGAGACGCAGGAAAAGAUGGACCACCCGGAGUUGCAGGUCCUCCGGGACCUCCUGGAAAUGAUGGAGACCGUGGUCCACCGGGACCGGCCGGUCCACGAGGAUUCCAAGGUCUACCGGGAACACCAGGAAAUCCAGGUGCAUCAGGAAAAGAUGGACAAACUGGCCAACCUGGACCUUCAGGGUUAGCCGGUCAACCAGGCAUUAGAGGAGAGCGUGGUUUUCCGGGUGAAAGAGGACCAAUUGGAAUUCCCGGUACGCCAGGAUUACGAGGAGAACCUGGUUCCCAAGGCAAUGAUGGUCCAACAGGUUCUCCUGGGCCAGCUGGAAUUAAGGGUCAUCAGGGAGCUCCAGGUAUGAUCGGUAUGCCCGGUUUGAGAGGCCUCCCAGGUCCAUCUGGUGAGAAGGGGGAACGAGGUGCAGUUGGACCAAUUGGACCCGAAGGUGCAGCAGGUAGAACAGGAGAAAGAGGACUUCAAGGACCGAUGGGAGCAACGGGCCCACCUGGAGAACCGGCAGAAAAAGGUGAACCAGGAACCCCUGGAAUUCCGGGUGAACCAGGAGCACCCGGAUCCAUCGGUGAACGCGGAGCGGUCGGACCGCAAGGUUUACAAGGUUUCCCAGGACCACAAGGACCCGUUGGUUUACCAGGUUCAAAGGGUGAUCGUGGAGCAAUGGGAUUGAAGGGAGAGCAAGGAAUCAGUGGCAAUCCGGGAAUACCGGGUGAACCCGGGCCACAUGGGCUGAUUGGAUUGACCGGUAGCAAAGGAUCCCGUGGUGAGCCGGGCUUGCGUGGGGAGACUGGAUCCAUGGGAAGUCCUGGAAGGCCCGGUGAUCCUGGUGCAGCGGGACAACCUGGCAAUCAAGGAGCACCCGGACCAGCUGGAUUAGCUGGCCAAAAAGGCAAUCCUGGUGACACAGGAAGACAUGGAAAUCCGGGACCACAAGGAUUGCCUGGUCAACCUGGACCGGAGGGAAUGAAGGGCUCAGCUGGUAGUGAUGGUCCACCAGGACCUCCUGGUAAUUCUGGUCCCCAAGGAGCUCCGGGAGACCGCGGAAUGCCAGGCUUGCCAGGAUCUAGCGGACAAACGGGUGCUAGGGGCCUUCGAGGAGCAGCUGGUGAGCCUGGUCAGGCUGGUAAGCCAGGACAUGAUGGACCACCAGGUCAGCCAGGAACUGCUGGACCUUCUGGUCCUCCGGGACCUGCUGGAGAUCCAGGCCAUGAGGGACCGCCUGGAAAACAAGGACCACCUGGUAUUGCUGGAAGAAUUGGUGAUAAAGGACCAGUGGGCACACCCGGCUCUCAGGGACUACCUGGUGCCCCAGGUUUACCAGGCCCACCAGGACCACAAGGUCUUAUCGGUCUGUCCGGUGAACGAGGAUUGCGUGGGGAAACAGGAGCUCAGGGUAUUGAAGGCCCGCCAGGUCCUCGCGGAAAGUCUGGUCCACCAGGAAUGGAAGGCGCUAAAGGAGAUGUUGGAGAAGCAGGACAAAAAGGUGUAAAAGGCCACCGUGGUUUGAUUGGUCUGCAAGGACUUCCAGGACCUGGAGGACCACCAGGAGAUAAAGGCGAUUUGGGUGCGAUGGGACAACCUGGUAAGCCAGGUGAGGCAGGACCUCGGGGUCCCCCAGGUCGAGAUGGAUCACCCGGUCCUCAAGGUAUGGUUGGUAUUGUUGGACCUCGGGGUCCUCCAGGAAACGAUGGUAAAUUCGGUCCCAUGGGACCAGCGGGUCCGCCGGGACCUCCUGGACCUCCUGGAGAUGGUAUUGGUUACGACGCUGCUGCUCUAGCCGCCCUCCUAGGUCAUGGUCAAAUGAGUAACACCAAGGGACCGGACCCAAAUCUUGGCGAUGAACCCAUGAAGUUUAACAAAAUAUUUGAUUUAACCGACGAAGAACGUAGAAAACUGGUCGAAACAGCAUACGAGAAGCUGAAGACGACAUUCGGUACAUUUAAAAAACCAGAUGGCAAACAGUCCUCUCCAGCGAAGACAUGCAGAGAUUUGUUUGCAGCCUAUCCAGAAUACACAUCGGGCCAUUACUGGAUAGAUCCCAAUGAAGGAGAUGUACGAGAUGCUAUUUUAGUGUACUGCGACGCAACAACUAAAAGUACUUGUGUACUUCCUCAACCGUUGCGAACUAAAGAACUGCACCACAUCGGUGAUGAAAAAGAAGUUUGGCUGGGCGAGAUGGAAACUGGCAUGAAAAUUACUUACAAAGCGGAUAGUAACCAAAUAGGUUUUCUGCAACUGCUAUCUGCUUCGGCAUCGCAAAACAUAACCUAUAACUGCAAAAACAGUGUAGCUUACUUCAGCAAAGAUACCAAUAACUACCGGCAGAGCUUGAAACUGUUGGCUUGGAAUGAUGCCGAGCUAACAGCGAAAGGACCCCAGCGUCUACGCUAUGAUGCCAUCUUGGACGAAUGCCAACAUCGAUCGCCGACUUAUGCUCAAACGAUUCUUACGUACAAAACAGAUAAACCAACGAGGCUACCAGUUAUCGACAUCGCGGUGCGGGAUGUUGGUGAACUCAAUCAACAGUUCUGGAUCGAAAUCGGAGCAGUUUGUUUUUACUGAAAAAAAAGCUAACGAUUAAAGCGGCUGAAAUAACAUUAAAACUAGGCUAGGUCAAACCAAAGAACUUGUCAUGAUAGAGCAAUUUAUAAAUCAGGUACUGCAGUGGCAGCAAUGCCCAUCGAACUACUGCCAAAGCGAACAACGUCAAUGAAAGUGAUAUUUCGGAAGCAUCUUGUAACAAGAUUUUUACAACUAAGAUUAGCGUAGGUUCCCCUUUUGUAGUUUCGCUAAGUAGGUUUAAGAGCAUUCAGUGUUGAAAUACAACUGAAAUACAAAAUAAAA